AUGCCGCUGAAGGUAGUGGUGGAGCUGCAGAUCCAUGCGGUCUCCUGUCCUGGAGUAUACUUGACAGAGAGGAAUGAUGUUUACCUUACUGUUUGCCUCCUGGGUCAGAGCAAGGAGUCCGAUUGCCUUCCUCCCAUUUUCCCUCUCUUGUUUCAUGAGAAAAUGUGGUUUGAGAAGGUAUUUGAAAAAGCUAUAGAUCCUGUUGAUGUGGUAGAACAGUUGGAAAAAAAUGUGACAAGAUUUCGUUUAUCUGAACUGAUACCGACAGAGAAAGAAGAACUAGCAUUUUAUGAAGUGAAUACUCGAGAUUUUCUGUUUCCAGAACCCAAGCUGACUCCUGUGUAUCCUGGUGUGGACAGGGAGUUACUGAUGAAAACACAUCCAACUUUCCCAGGCAUUGCACCAAAAUUAGAGUUUUCCACAAGGACAACUAUUACUGAACUUCCACUUCAGCCCAGAAGAUGGUAUUGUGACAGAAGUAAAACCAAGGUACGAAGGGUUGCCUCUGCAUCGCCUCAACGAUGGAGCAUCUCACCAGUACGAUGUAGAGCAACAAGGAGGAAUAGCCUCUGCAAGAGAUUUACAAGAUCCUUAAGAUCCCGUUCUCCAUCUCCAAGCCCAGCAAAACACUUCCAUGAGUUUGGCAGAGACAAUCAGCAGCAACUCUCUCCUUCGAGCCUGAGGUCUGUGAAGUUCACAGCAGAGUCAGAUCCCAGGCCACCUUUUGUAGUUAGACAUGUAGACCCUUCAAAAUCAUUUGUUGAACAAACUCCAUCACGAGUACCGCAUCAAAAUGCAAGACGAAACAUGAGUCCAGAAAGGAAUUCUCACAAAUCGCAGUUGAAACGAGCAUUAUCUUUUGAUAGCUGGAAAGCAUCAUGUCCCGCAGCUAAGGUUAUCAGAGAGCCAGAUGACUGGAGCAGUUCCAAUCAUGUUUCAUCAACUCUUGAAAUGGAGGGACCUCUUGAUUACUCGUGCAGUGGUUCCACAUUUGAUCACAAAGCAUCGUUUAGCCCCCCAAACUGUUAUCGAUCACUAAGUCCCAUUGGGAAAUGGGAAUCCUCCGAACAGAGGUUAUCACUAGUCGAUCAUUAA